CUCGUCUCUGUCUUGUUCGUCCUCAUUCAUUUCCUUUUAUCACUCACCAAACAAUUUCCUUUUAGCUUUCUCAUGUAGAUUUUUUCUCUUUCAAGACUCGAACUCGCUACUCAUAAUUCACCGAGUCAACAAAAAGAAUUGAUAUUGUUUUAACUCAAACCUAAAUGGCUAGUAACAACCCUCAUGAGAACCUUUCCGACCAAACACCUUCUGAUGACUUCUUCGACCAAAUCCUCGGUCUCCCCAACUUCUCAGCUUCUUCAUCCGACGGUGGGUUAGGCGGAGGAGGAGCACCGCCGAUGAUGCUGCAGUUGGGUUCCGGUGAGGAAGGAAGUCACAUGGGUGGUGGGUUAGGAGGAGGAAGUGGGUUUCACAAUCAGAUGUUUCCUCUAGGGUUGAGUCUUGACCAAAGCAAAGGACCUAACUUUCUUAGACCUGCAGGUGGUGGUCAUGCAAGUGGAAUUCGAUCUUCUUCUUCUUCUAUGAAAGGACCUGUAUUCCAUGGUCAGCCUAUGCAACAGCCAGCUCCAGCAGCGCCACAUCAGCCUACGUCAAUCCGUCCUAGGGUUCGAGCUAGGCGUGGUCAAGCUACUGAUCCACAUAGCAUCGCUGAAAGGCUGCGUAGGGAAAGAAUAGCUGAACGGAUCAGGGCGCUUCAAGAACUUGUUCCUACUGUUAACAAGACAGAUAGAGCUGCUAUGAUCGAUGAGAUUGUCGACUAUGUAAAGUUCCUCAGGCUCCAAGUUAAGGUUUUAAGCAUGAGUCGUCUUGGUGGAGCCGGUGCGGUUGCUCCACUUGUUACUGAUAUGCCUUUGUCAUCAUCAGUUGAGGAUGAAACGAGUGAGGGUGGAAGGACACCACAACCUGCGUGGGAGAAAUGGUCAAACGAUGGGACUGAACGUCAAGUGGCUAAAUUGAUGGAAGAAAAUGUUGGAGCAGCAAUGCAGCUUCUUCAAUCCAAGGCUCUUUGUAUGAUGCCAAUCUCAUUGGCUAUGGCUAUUUACCAUUCUCAGCCUCCAGAUACAUCGUCAGUGGUUAAACCAGAGACCAAUCCUCCUCCACAGUAGGAUUUUUGUGCAAGUAAGGGUUUGUACAGCAAUCCAACGUGGUCCACAUGGCUUUACUUUCUACUAUUACAACUCAUGACUCUGGUUUCUUGGUGCUUCAUCUCCCUUCCACACCCACUUGUAUGGUAUGAUUGAAAGGUAAAUGGAGAUGCAAUCGAUGUAGGAUUUGCAGUAGAAGGGAGUUCGUCAAAAAGCUCACUUGAUUAAAUAUGGUUUGUUAUCACUUUAGGUGGACUUUGAUGAAAGCAACUUUUUUGUUUUCAUGACUUUAGUGGGAGGUUGAUGAAGGAGCUUGAAGGGGUGUUUUAGUAGUAGUAGUGGGAAGUGUGUGGGACCUUGUUGAGUUUAUGUACAAAUUGGAAGAAAAAAUAAAGUAUUUGAAUUUGUUAACCGUUGUAUUAUUAUUUAUUUGUACGAAUUGGUAUGUGGUCACAAAAUAAUCAAAUAAUAUCAUUAGUUCCCUUUACGAAAACCAUUUAUUUGGGAACAAAAGA